AUGUCUCGGCAUGGCGAUGAGGUCGAUCUGCCCACGGUCACCGACCUGUACAACCGAGGUGACCUGGAGCCCAGCGACAAGCCCCGCAAACCAUAUUCCGAGUCUAUCAACGCCCGCGUCUCCCUCAUUGAAGGUGACAUCACAGCUCUGCCGGUCGAUGCCAUUGUCAACGCCGCCAACUCAAGUCUACUGGGCGGAGGUGGCGUCGACGGAGCGAUCCAUGCCGCCGCAGGUCCUCGCCUGCUCGCCGAGUGCAAAACCCUGCAAGGUUGCCAGCCGGGCGAGGCAAAAAUCACAAAGGGCUACGAGCUACCAGCGGCGCACGUCAUUCACACAGUCGGGCCUGUGUAUUUCAGGACGUCCACUUUCCAGGCGAAACAGACGCUAGAGAGUUGCUACGAGGAAUGUCUGCGGGUAGCGGUGAAUAACGGCGUCAGGACUCUUGCUUUUUGUGCCAUUAGCACGGGCGUAUAUGGCUAUCCUCAGGACGAUGCUGCGCAAGUUGCUUGCGAGCAGGUUCGGAAGUUCAUCGAGACGGAGGAUGGUCAGCAAUUGGAUAGUGUCAUCUUCACGACAUUUACUACACCAGACGUCGAGGCUUACGACAAGGCGGUGCCUCAAUUCUUCCCUCCGGCAUAA